UCGCUCACUUCAGGAUGCGCGCCAGAGUUGGCGUCGGGAGAAAUGAGGGAUAAUUAACCCACGAGCCAAGAAGCGGGAUCGAACGAUGGCAGCUUUACAGCCUUUCGUUCAUUUCCGUGCCCAGCUCGCACACGUAGUAGAGAGAGGGAGACGGGUAGAGAGAGACAGAGAGAGAGAAGAGAGAGAGGGACAGAGCGAAAAAGACCCAAGUCCGCAUCUGCCAUGUCGUCCCGUCCACAUCCCACUUCCUCUCCAUGUACGGCUAUCCCGCUCGCCGUUUUUUCCGCAUUCCAUUCCAUCCCGCCAGCCCAGCCUACCGAGGUCUGCGCUCUCCCCAGCUCCCUGCACGAUCUAGUAACACAAGCAAGUACAACUGUGUGUAUUUCAGCCACCCUCCUCAUCGCCAUCCUCUUUCUCCCUGCUCAACCCCCCGUUCCUCUCUUACCACGGCAUGCGGUGAAAAAAGGCCCAUCGCUAGCCGAGCCGAGAUUUUUUAUCGCUCGCCCCGUUGCUGAUGUUAUCAUGCGUUUGCUAUUAUCGAGCUCUUUUCUAGGCUGUGCUUCCUGGUGGACGGCGGGAUAUGUAUGUAAGAUGGGCAUUAUCGUGUCGUUGCUAAGUAUGUACUACGGAGACGCUCCCUCAGCGGGGAGAGGGCCAGGGCUGGGGCGAGGGCCAGGGAGAGAGAGAGGGCGAGAGAGAGAGCGCAAGAGAGAGAGAGAGCGCGCGAGAGAGCGCGGGAGAACACAAGCAAAGCAGAGAAAAAACUAAGCCGUGCCAGUGCCUGCGCCGCGCCUGUUCCUCUCAGAUUUCUGCCCAGGUCCAACUAGGCCCCCUUAGGACUCGUUCCGUCCGGUCUCUUCAUUCACCCUUGUUCCUACAGUAGUCUAAAGAAGCGCACAAACUACGAAGUACCUGCAAC